AUAGGAGUACUCCUCACAGAUUGGUGGAUUUCCUCCUCCUCUGGGAAUAGGAGUUAUCCCUUGGCAUCAAGCGGCCCCGACUAGCAGUUGGUACUGGCUGGCGGCGGCCGCGGCGGCGACUUGAUUCCGUCCCUCAGCGCCGUCGGUGUUUGAGGAGAAUAGGGCGCGAUGUCCAGCCCGAGCCGAGCGUCCCACGUGGACUCAAGUAGUAGCAGAGAGGGAGAGACAGAGGAGAGCAGAGAAACAGAGAGAGGGCAGGAUUACCGGAGCAUGGGGCUGCUGGCGCUGAAGCGGGAGCUCAAGCGGAAUCAUGGCCGCGGCCAAUCAGACAAUGGAUCGGCUGCUUCAUCAUUAGCUAAAAGAAACAGAUCACCUUGCCAGCAGAAUGAUAAUUCUCGCCCGCAAAAAGAAAAGGAUGAUGAUUCUCAUGGUGGCAAAAAGGCAAGAUAUAUUAUGGCGCCGGACCUUCCAGAGGAAAUCUGGCAUCAUAUACAUUCACUAGUGCCAAUGCGAGACGCCGCUAGGGCAGCCUGUGUUUCUCGUUCCUUUCUGAACUCCUGGAGAUGCCAUCCGAAUCUCACAUUCACCGAUGAAACAAUGUGCUCAAAAGAAACUUUAUUGAAGGGAACAACUGACCCGAAUUAUAGAAGAAAUAUAAGAGAGUACAACAACAAUAUUGACUGUAUUCUGGAAAAGCAUAGAGACGUUGGUGUGAAGACAUUCGAGCUUGAAUUCUAUGAUCCUUACAAUACCAAAUAUUAUAAUCGUCUCAAUAAUUGGCUUCAAAUUGCUAUUACACCAGUGAUGGAAAAACUUACCCUUACACUUUCAUCUGGGAAGGCCAAGUAUGAGUUCCCUUGUUCACUUUUAUCUGACAGAAGUGGAAACAUGAUACGGCAUCUCGACCUUGCUAACUGUAUCUUGCAUCCAACAGUCAACCUUAAUUUGAGAUGCCUGACAGUAUUAGUUUUGUAUGAAGUGCGUAUCACAGGGGGUGAGUUGGGGUGCCUUCUUUCCAAUUCAUUUGGUCUGGAAAAAUUGACACUCCUACAUUGUCAUGAUAUGAUUCGCCUCGAGGUGCCUUGCUUGCUGCAGCGGCUAUGCCAUCUCGAGGUGUUUGAAUGCCCGGGACUUCAAGUUAUAGAGAACAAAGCUCCAAAUAUCUCCUUCUUUGAGUAUACAGGUGAUGAAGUAGUACAACUCUCACUUGGAGAAUCAUUGCAAGUGAAGUGCCUUAAGUUGGGUUAUAGGUCUGCCAUCGGUCAUGCUAUCGACAAGCUUCCAUCCAGUGUGCCAAAUCUUGAGACUCUCAUAGUAAUUUCUCCUAGUGAGAUAGUCAAUGCACCGAUGAUACCUAGCAAAUUUCUCCACCUCAAGACCUUGAGUAUUACUAUGCGUAGAUGGUGGAGCCUCAAUAUGGAAUAUGAUUUUUUAUCUUUGGUUUCUUUCCUCGAUGCUUGUCCUUCCUUGGAGACUUUUGCCUUGCUUGUAAGUCAAUUUUCAUCAUGCAAGUAUGACUUGUUUGUUGGAGAUCCUUCAACCCUGAGGCAAAUGCCAGAACACCAGCAUGACAAGCUCAAGAGUUCUCAGAUCACUGGUUUCUGCCCCCAAAAGAGCUUGGUUGAGCUAACACGCCAUAUUCUAGAGAGUUCAAUGUCAAUUAAGUGUCUUAUAUUAGAUACUAUUAGGGUGAAUCAUCGGUGCUUUGGCAACAUAUCUAGGAAAUGCUCUACCCUGGACAAGGCGUAUAUCAAGGAGGCGUGUGAAUCGAUCGUGGCUAUAAGGACAUACAUUCAAGGGGUAAUUCCAUCUACAACACGGUUACAUGUUUUGGGGCCUUGCAGCCGGUGUCAUGCUUUGUGAAAUUAAGAGGUUGAAUUAUCGUGCAUUACCAAA